UUUACUUGGGAAAGGGUAUGGAGAAAAAAAUGCUAAAGCCCUUCCCUUCCAUUUUCCGUCAAAUUACCGAAGCUGCAAAGGGCUUAGGACUCGAAGAGAAUAUGGCGUCAUCGUCGAGUAGUGGGCUAACAUUCAAGCUUCAUCCACUAUUCAUUGUCAACAUUUCCGAUCAUUACACUCGGAUCAAGUCCCAGUCUUUACCCCCUCCCUCCACCCCUCACGCUGCCUCCGCCUCCAACGGCGCCACCUCUGAUUCCUCUUCGCCGCCUCAGCAGCCUCCGCCCCGAGUAUUCGGAUGCGUCAUAGGAGUCCAACGCGGCCGUACUGUCGAGAUAUUCAACAGUUUUGAGCUCCUAUAUGAUCCCUGCACUCACUCCCUGGACCGUGCCUUCCUGGAGAAAAAACAGGAACUCUAUAAGAAGGUGUUUCCAAAUUUUUAUAUACUGGGAUGGUACUCGACAGGGAGCGACGCCCAGGAAUCUGAUAUGCAAAUUCACAGAGAUUUGAUGGAUAUCAAUGAGAGUCCUCUAUAUGUUCUUCUCAAUCCGUCAAUAAACCCGGCCCAGAAAGAUUUGCCAGUUACUAUUUAUGAAAGUGAGUUGCAUGUGAUUGAUGGGAUCCCCCAGCUUAUUUUUGUUCAGUCCAGCUACACAAUAGAGACAGUUGAAGCUGAACGAAUCUCCAUCGAUCAUGUCGCCCAUCUUAAACCAUCUGACGGGGGUUCAGCUGCAACUCAAUUGGCUGCUCACCUUACAGGCAUACACAGUGCCAUUAAGAUGCUUAAUAGCAGAAUCAGAGUACUUCAUCAUUAUCUUCUUGCAAUGCAGAAAGGUGAUAUUCCUUGUGAGAAUUCAUUGCUAAGGGAAGUAUCUAGUCUCUUAAGAAGAUUGCCAGCCAUUGAAUCUGAAAAGUUUCAGGAUGAUUUCUUGAUGGAAUAUAAUGACACAUUAUUAAUCAGUUACCUUGCCAUGUUCACCAACUGCUCGAGCACAAUGAACGAGCUGGUCGAUAAAUUCAAUACUGCAUAUGACAGGCAUAGUCGGAGGGGUGGACGGAGUGCUUUUAUCUGAAAUCCAAUCAUCAUCAUCAACUGCCUGCAUGGUCAAUCUCCUUUUGAAGCUGAUGCACAUACCAGAUAUUUUUUGAAUGGAACUCUAUGAAUUCAUGAUAUUGCAGGAAUCGAGUAUCUUUGAGAGGAUUUUAUCCAGGUCUGUUUAUCAUUUUUAUAUGCUUGGGAAAGAUUAGAUACGUUACAUCGAGUUGGUGCACAUUUGAGUAUUGCUGAGACCUAGUACUUAUUUAUAGACUAUAGUCUAUUGUCCCUCGUGUACGUGACCUUCUGGCACAAUUGUUAUGAGUGGAGCUUUUGUUAGUAGAGUUUUUUUCAACGAAAGUUGUUUGUUUGGCGGUCCACCUAAAAAGUGCUACCAGCCAAACUAUUCUUCAAGAAUCACCAGCAGAACUGAAAACAGAUAAUAUAAGCAUGUAAUAUUUGCAGAGAAGACUGUGCGCUAUUGAGAAUGGUUCGGUUAA